CUUGAUUGCACGUAGACACUUUACGCCGUACCAAACAGUAUUCAUAGGGUUUAAAACGUGGUGAUUUAUUUAUUUUUUACUGAAGACCAGUUAUGGCUUCGAACGGGAAUCCAACUGAUUCGUCCGGUGUGGAUUUAAAGAUGACGCUCAAAUCAUUUGAGCACACUAGCAAGGUGGAACCAACGCAAACAAGGCGAACAAACAAUCCGACUCAAUCCUCGCCUAUGAAAAGACCAGAUUCAGCCCCACCAGCUGUUGUCACAGAUAAAGAAUUGCCGUCUCGAGAAACACCAGUUAUGGCUUCCAAUGAAAAUCAUACUGAUUUGUCCGCCAGCAUGGAUUUAAAGAUGACGGAAAUAAGACGGAAAAACAAUCCGAAUAAACCCCCGCCUAUGAAAAGACCAGAUUCAGCCCCACCGGCUGUUAUCACAGAAAAGGAAAUGCCGUCUCGAGAAACGUAUCUGUCGACGACCGAUUCCAGCGUCUUCAAAGUACCCCAAUGCCUAGUACGCGCGAGAGGAGAAAAUCUACUUGAAGUGUGCGAGGAUGUCCUUGACGAAAUAUCCCGCAUAGACACACCGUGUGUUAUCGUGGCCAUUGCGGGGCCAUACAGAACAGGGAAAUCAUAUUUAAUGAAUCGACUUGCUGACGCACAAACAGGUUUUGCAAUCGGUGAUACAAUACAAUCAACAACGAAAGGCAUCUGGGUUUGGUGUAGGGACCAUCCCGAACAAAAGGACACUGUUCUUAUACUUUUGGACACAGAAGGAAUAGGAGAUGUAGAAAAGGGGGACUCUAAUCAUGACAACCGCAUUUUCACACUGGCUACACUUCUUAGCAGCGUCCUUGUGUACAACAUGAAAGGAGCGUUUGAUCAAGAGGCUGUGAACAAACUCUCAUUUGUGUCCGAAAUGUCGAAAAACAUUAAGUUUGGCGGAAGAUGUGAUGAAGAAAACCUUCUUUUGCAAAGCGUACUUCCCGGAUUCGUGCUGGCUUUGAGAGAUUUUUCACUGAAAUUGAUGAAAGAUGGUAGGAAAAUAACCCCAGACGAAUACUUUGAAGAAAGCCUGGAAAGUAAAACGGAUAAAAGUGUUUCUUUCAACAAACCGCGUGAGUGCAUCCGUAAAUUCUUUCAACAAGACAAAAGGAGAUGUUUUGCUUUUCCACCUCCUGGAGAUAUUGACAUUUUGGAAAACCUAGAAUGCCUUACAUUUGAAGACCUUUCGAAGAGAUUUCAGACUGUUGCCGCAAUGAUUGUGUCAUAUAUCUACAGUCAGAAACCAAAGCAACUCCAAGUUAGCAAACCUGUCAACGGACCUAUGUUUGCCACACUAACCAGAAAGUAUGUGGACGCUCUUGCGAGGGGAGCUGUGCCAGAUGUUGACGAUGCAUUUGCAUCGGCUGCUAAAAUUGAAAAUGAGAGAGUGAAAGACGAAUGCAUGGAUAUGUUUCGAUUAAGAAUAGAAGACGUAGAUUUGCCUCUUCCCUCAUCAUCGCUUGAUAAGCAUUUCACAGAAGCCCGAUGUUCUGCGCUUGAAUACAUGAGUACAAAUGUUGUCCAGGAUGUUGCCAGCCUGAUUGAAAAGCAUGCGCUGAUGGAAAUGGAUUUGUUCAGGCAACAGUUUCAACGUCAAAAUGAAGAGGAAAUAGAGAAGCAUUGUACAAACGUUCUGCUAGGUUUGGCAUCAUUCAGCAACUUGCAAGCGGGGUUGCAGAACAAAGGUUAUGAAGUAAUCGGAGGCCAUAGAAAAUUCAAACAAGACGUCGACAUGGUCAGGCAAGAAUAUGAGCAAGCUCUUCGGAAUUAUGAACAAAGAGAGAUCGGAUUGGUCUGGAAAAGUUUUGCGAAACAACUUGGUCCAAAGGAAACUAAAAUUCUUGAUAAAGACGAUGAGCUUUCUAAGGAGGAAAAAAAGAGGGAGAAAGAGGAAAAUGAAAUAUCAAUGAAACGAAUGAAGAUCGAAUUGGAUAAAGCAAAUCAAAAUGCGUUACAUAAACAAAUGAAAGAGCUGGAUGAACAACAAAAGAAACUAAAUACAGAACUCAGAAGGCGAGACAAAGAACAUGAAGACAAAGUAACAGCCCUACAGGACAAGAUUGCGUCUCUGGAAUCAAAUAAGGAAGUUCAAAAGAAAAUGCUUGAUCAAAUUACAUCAUUGCUGGAGGAAGAUAAAAGAGAAAAGAAGAAAGCAAAUAAAAAACUCGAGGAGAAGCAUAGACGUGAAAGGGAAAAACGGGAGGAACUGGAACAGAAGGAACGAGAACGAAAAGGCGGGUUUGUGAUAAACAGGGUGCUCAAUGCUCUUUGGAAUAAUUAAGAUACAGAUAUUGCUUUUAUUAAAACUACUGUGUUUUAGACAUUAUCUGACUAAAUACUUUUAAAUGUUGAAUAAAAGUACGUUGGUUUUGUUUUAAAGAAUUGAAAAUGAAUAUUACAAAGAAUAUUUUAUAAUACUUUGAGGAAAAAAUCCUGUGUAAGAUAGUAUUUCAAUUGAACUAAAAUUAUAUUAUACUAGUUAUUGACAGCAAUAUAACCGUUUUAAUUGGCUAAAGUAUCAUCAUGCAGUAAAUAAAAUAAUUAUCAUUACAACGGUGUCGCAAUCAUUUGCAAAAUCAUAGUUUUACAUCUUAAAGUGUUGCAAUAAUUUUGUACAACGGCCUAAAAGGAUUAUAUUACUAUUAAGUGUACUAGUAUGUUGGCUUUUCACGAGUCCACGCGAAAUAAUUUAAGGCAUUUAAUGCAUUUUAACCUUAGAUGGGUAUGUGUGGAGCGAACUUCUUUACGUAUUUAUCAGUGAUUUGAUCUACAUUGCUGCCAUGAACUUAUAUUAUUGAAUAGUAUUUUAGUUCAUAUGAAAAUCUCCCUUUAAAGUGAAAAAUUGAAUGGUGGAUCUUAAAUACGAUACGUCAUGUUUUACGAAGGUUGUUCAGUAUAUAAUGUAAAUUUAGAUAUAAUUCAGAAAUCAAAUCGGUGAUUAGGAAUAUUUAAACUUAUUUCGAUACAUCUACGAAUCCUGUAUAUUCUCGGAACUAUUUUGUAUAUUUGUGCGCUUAUAUGAUUUAAGAUUUUAAUGGAAGUUAUAUACAAGUGAGCAUUCUUAUUUUUAUGAAUAUAUGGCUAUACUAAAGGAUUUUCAAAUGGUAUAAUAUUGUAUGUGGCAUUAAUAUGGGUAAUGAAACAUACUUACAACGACUUAAAGAUCACUAUGUUUAGUCAUGGCGUAGCAAUUGUAUAAAAAGUUCAAUCUUAUAUAGGCUUUAAAUCCAAUUUUGAGACUGAGGCGUAUGUAAAUUUUCUUUGUGUUAGGAAGUUUCGGAACGAUAUGCUCGUUUUCGAGCUUCAGCUCAUACGCUAGCAAUAAAAUGUGGCCGUUUUACAAAUGUUGGUAAUAAUUAAAGUUUUGUCCUUAUUGUUUAUAUGUUGUAGAGACAGAAUAUCAUUUUCUUUUGGAGUGUUCUUUAUAUGAUACUAUCAGACAAGAAUAUAUCGAUAGAAAUUAUUAUGAGAACCCCCCAAAAAAUCAGUUUAAGAUAUUGAUGUCUUGUAAUAUUGGAAAUGUUGUGAAAAAAUCGAACACUAUUUAUACUCAGCUUUUGAAACGAGUAAUUCUCUUUUGCAGGUAUAAACAUUACAUAUUUGUUACAAGUUCUCACUAAUUUGCACAAGUAGUUUUCAUGUAUGUAUUGUGUGAUGUUUGAAUGGUGGCCUUCUAGCAAAUAAAUUGUUUGUCUUGUCUAGUCAUAGGCCUGUAUAUCCGAAUAUACUCUAUCUUAAGUUCCAAAAACACUUUAAAUUAUCGAAGCAGUAAAUUAAGGUUCAAUGACCGAUCGAAGGAAGAACACUCUUCGUAUAAUUUAGUUAAACACAUCCGUAUGGAAACGCGAAUGGCAGUUAUUUAAUAUAUUGUUGUUUAUCACGUCAAUAUUGCUCUGUAGUGCAUGUUACAAUUAUGGUCAAUCGAUACUGAAAAUUAUGUGUACUGUCUUUCGAUUAUUUUGAUGAAUAUCAUUGUAGUAAAUAUAAUCUUAUUUGCAUUAGAUUCGAGUAUGUCGAGUCAGGAAUCAUAUUUUAGAGACGUGUAAUACUGUGUAUUGUACUUUUAAAUCGCUUUCAAAGACUUCAAAGAAAGGAACACACAUAUAAUUUAAAAAUAAAACAACGUGUACAGUUUUGUAAUUCUAGAAACUAAAAUAUUUGAAUAUUUAACCUUGAGGAUUUUGUAAUACGAUUAUAGUUUAACUACAUGUAUUUUCUCUUCAUAUUAACGCUGAUUGGACAAUGUCCGACAAACGGAAUCCCAAAACAUUUUCUAAGACGAGAACAAUAGUUCCCGACUUAAACCGAUAAUCAGAAGUUUCUUAAAUAUAAAAGACCUAUAUCGGUAGGUGGGAAGUCAUUGCUUUGUUUGUUAUUCAUUUUCUUUACUAGUCCAUGAUCGUCAAUUUCCAUUGUUCAUCUUUAUACGGCUAAUACUCGGGACGUUUCGCCAUUACAUUUGGCAUAUUAAACCGGGUUUAUGUUUAAACUUUUUGCUUGCUUCUGUAGUUGUUCACAUGAAUAUAAUCAAAAUAAUAUUGCAACCAAAAAAGGGUUAGCCUGGCAUAGGUAACAGAGGCAAGGAUGAGCACAUGAUUAUUUUUGUCUUUAUAUAAUUAAAUUGAAACAAUUAUUAUCUG